AUGACUCAACCCAAGCAAUCGAGCACCCCCGAAGCCGCCGGGCCGAGCGUUGUCGCCCCAACAAUUGAGGAGUCUAUCCCUGUCGCCGUUGCCUUUGAGGGGCCACCGGAGCGUGCUUCAGCACGUAACUCACCGACCAAAAUCACCUCCGGCCAAGUAUUGCGUCGUAGCCGUCGCAUCUUCAAUCAAGCGAAUGGCUCUGGAAGCUUGGAAGUCGCAGCACACUAUCCUCGUCUAACGGAGUUGAAGAAAAUUGCACGCGCAAAAGCCGAAGGAUCUAAACGACCUCGCCCUUAA